AUGUUCAGUGGCUCCUCAAGUCCACCUAAAGACAGAGCAGACAGUCUUCCGGAGACCAAUCUCGACACCGACGCCGUGGAUAUUCAGACCGAUACAACAGGCACCAGCCCGCGUGCAACGAGAUUCUCUCCGCCUGGCUCUGGUUUCUUCCGCCGACAAGGUGACGAACCGGCCGUACCUGGUGAGAAAAAGCGCAGAAGCAGCACCGUUACCAAAGCGGCGAACUUCUUCAGUAACGCUAAAAGCUCGCUGAUCUCCACCGCACGCGAGAGCUCUGCCUUCAGCACUAGCCCCACGAUCAACGAAAGUCCGCUGCAGAAGCUCGGAAAGAUGGAUCCAGCUCUCAGCGUCCCCCAAGGGUCGUUCAAUAACUCUGCUGGAGAGUCAGCACCCACUGCUCGGUCAUCCUUCCGCGUCGGUGUCACGGAAGACCGAAAUCGGAAAUGUCGCAGGACAAUGGAGGAUACGCAUGCCUACCUCUACAACUUUCUGGGGACGCCCACCCCAGCUGCAACAUACCAAAAUGGUGGUAGUUUACCCACGGCGGGCGCGUCGCGGUCAUCAGAGGAGUCAUCCAGUGUUGUAGAAACAGACAACGGCUAUUUCGCAAUCUUUGAUGGACAUGCGGGAACCUUUGCCGCAGACUGGUGUGGAAAGAAGCUGCAUCUGAUUCUCGAGGAGGUCAUGCGCAAAAGCCCCAACACCCCGGUCCCAGAACUACUCGAUCAGACUUUCACCAGCGUCGACCAACAACUGGAGAAAUUGCCUGUCAAGAACUCUGGGUGUACGGCUGUCACUGCUGUUCUUAGGUGGGAAGAUCGUGUGCCUAGCUCACAGUCGGCUACCGGGUCUUCUGCUCUUGCCCCGGCGACUGCCGCGGCGAUGAAAGGCGACACAAAUUCCGAGAAUACGGAUACACCGACCCAAGCUAGUUCGAAAUUGCAGGAUAAAGCUAUCCGGCAACGGGUUUUGUACACAGCCAACGUUGGUGAUGCGCGCAUUGUAUUAUGUCGCAAUGGGAAAGCGCUUCGGUUAUCAUACGACCAUAAGGGUAGCGACGAGAACGAAGGGAGAAGAGUCACCAAUGCCGGUGGGCUCAUCCUGAACAACCGCGUCAACGGUGUUCUGGCUGUCACCCGUGCCCUGGGUGAUGCAUAUCUGAAAGACCUUGUCACCGGGCAUCCUUACACAACGGAGACUGUUAUCCAGCCCGAUGCCGAUGAGUUCAUCAUCUUGGCUUGCGAUGGGCUCUGGGACGUGUGCUCUGAUCAGGAAGCCGUUGAUCUAAUCCGGAAUGUGGAUGAUGCACAACACGCCUCGAAGAUUCUUGUUGACCAUGCGCUCGCACGGUUCAGCACGGACAACCUGUCUUGCAUGGUGAUCAAACUCGACUCCGACCGUCUGAGGGAUGUUGUCAACAACAACACAGAAUUGAUAGGUGUGGACGGGGACCCGCUUACAAAGGUGUCCGAGGGCAUGAGUGAGGCCGAUAAGAUCGUCGAGAACGCACGGUCUGGCAUUGUCUCUUCCGGUCUUGCCGAUGAUCCAGCAGCGGCAGAGAAAGCUGCCGAAGACACCCUUCAGCGGAUGGCCAACAAGAACAAUCAACAAGAACCUGGGCCUGAGAUGUCAGUUCACGAGAGUAACGACCUUCCCUCUGUGGAUAUCCUGAGUCCGAACCGGAGUCCUGAAAAUCCUUCAGGCUCGACUCAGUGA